AUGGAUGAUGAAAAAGUACUCACUAAACAGCAACCAGUUAGCCCCCAAUCAUAUCGCCAACUUCGCAAGCGCUUGUUUCUCGUCGAGAAACUUCGUGACGCGACAACAGUGGGAUUGGUGGUGGGCAGUGUUGGCGUUCGAGGACAUGUAGAAGCUGUGCAACGAGUACGCGAGAUGUGCAAGGCGGCUGGUAAACGUCUGUAUGUGAUCUCCGUGGGCAAGGUAAAUGUACCGAAAUUGUCGAAUUUUGCCGAUAUCGACGUAUUUGUGCUAUUGUCAUGCCCUUUUGGAAUUAUACUGGAUUCGUCAGACUUUUUCCGACCGGUGUUGUCGAUGUUUGAAGCGGAAAUUGCAUUGAAUCCGUCGAAAAAGUGGUUUGGUGAUGGUAAAUGGUGCGCGGAUUUCACGCAGUUUGUUACUGAUGACGUGGGAGUUCACCAAGAUGAUGGUGCUGAUGUGAGCCUCGUCACGGGACGGAUAAGAGCAAUGAAUCGACCGGAGGAUGAGAAGGCGACUGGAGCCGGACAGGUGGUUCCCGUAUGA